CUGUGUUUUGAAUGGAAUUAUCUAGCAUAUUUUCUUUAUGUGGUGGUAUAUGUUAUUUCUCCUUACAGACGUCUCCACCUCAAUAAGAAAGCCACAGACAAACAGCCAUAUAGCAAGCUUCCAGGUGUUUCACUUCUAAAGCCGUUAAAAGGUGUGGAUCCUAACCUGAUCAACAACUUGGAAACCUUCUUUGAACUGGAUUAUCCAAAAUAUGAAGUACUACUCUGUGUACAAGAUCAUGAUGAUCCAGCUAUUGAUGUGUGCAAAAAGCUCCUUGGUAAAUACCCGAAUGUUGAUGCUAGACUGUUCAUAGGUGGCAAGAAGGUUGGCAUCAACCCCAAGAUUAACAACUUAAUGCCUGGCUAUGAAGUUGCCAAAUAUGAUCUCAUAUGGAUUUGUGAUAGUGGAAUCCGAGUAACGCCAGACACACUAACAGAUAUGGCCAAUCAAAUGACUGAAAAAGUAGGCUUGGUCCAUGGGCUUCCCUAUGUUGCAGACAGACAGGGUUUCGCUGCUACCCUUGAACAGGUUUAUUUUGGAACGUCACAUCCAAGGUCAUAUAUUUCAGCCAACUUAACUGGCUUUAAGUGUGUAACAGGAAUGUCAUGCUUGAUGAGGAAGGAUGUCUUGGACCAAGCUGGAGGACUGAUAGCUUUUGCACAAUAUAUUGCCGAAGAUUACUUUAUGGCCAAAGCUAUAGCUGACCGGGGCUGGAAAUUUGCGAUGGCAACACAAGUUGCAAUGCAAAACUCUGGUUCAUAUUCCAUUUCUCAGUUUCAAUCCAGAAUGAUCAGGUGGGCCAAACUGCGAAUUAAUAUGUUGCCUGCCACAAUAAUUUGUGAGCCAAUCUCAGAGUGCUUUGUUGCCAGUCUAGUUAUUGGAUGGGCAGCUCAUCAUGUGUUUAGGUGGGAUAUAAUGGUAUUUUUCAUGUGUCACUGCUUGGCAUGGUUUAUAUUUGACUACAUUCAACUGAAAGGUGUUCAGGGUGGUGCUCUGUGUUUUUCAAAACUUGAUUAUGCAGUAGCUUGGUUCAUCAGAGAAUCCAUGACGAUUUAUAUUUUCCUAUCUGCUUUGUGGGACCCUACUAUUAGCUGGAGGACAGGACGCUACAGAUUACGUUGUGGAGGCACUGCAGAAGAAAUUCUUGAUGUAUAGCCACAGCUUUGUAACUGUGAAUGUCAAAGAGAAGGGGGGGAAGAAAAGUAUUAUAAAUUGUUUAUAUAAAUACUUUUAAGAAAAUCUACCUUCAGUAGUUUUAUUACUUGUAUGUUUUGGUAUCUGUUCUUUAAUUUAUUUUUGCAUGGCACUUGCAUCUGUGAAAAUACAUCCAUAGUCUUGGCCAAAUGGUACCUUGCUCCUAUGUACAAAUAGAAUUGGAGAGAAUUGGUCCUGACAUCUACUUUCUAUAGGAAUGCUCUGCAGUAAACUCUUUAAAAGAA